ACGUUUUUAAGACGACAUAAUGUUGUCUGGGUAACGCAGGAAAAAUUGAGCAGCAUUGAUGCCGAGCUCAAAAGAAUGAAUGGUUUGCUGCACAACCUCCUGAGAUGUGUGCAAAGCAACAAUGACCGCAAUCGCGUACCGCGUAAGCCAGCCUGUUUGCCCAUAUUAUCCGUGGCCGAGAUGGAUGCUUUUGAGACUAUCAAUGAUAAUGAUUAUCGUGAAGUUGUGGAUUAUUUCAAAUACAUCGGCGGAUUCAAUUUAAAGGAAGCAGUAAAUCUGUGCGUGAAAGAAGGAUUAAAGGACUCAGUAACGCUGUCAUUCACCUGGUGGGGUCGCGAAGAAAAUCAACGACCGUUAUACAAUAUCCGCUUUAUUAUUUCAAUUUAUGAUACG